AUGUGGGCCAGCGAGCGCAAACACGAGCCGGACCGCGGCUCCGGCUCUCUGGCUGAACAUCUGCUCCCCCUGAGCCGCGCUGCUGGAUUAUUGGAGAACGGCUCUAGUACGAAACCGUCGCUGGGUCUCCCCGGGGCCCCCGAGAGGAGCCGGAGCCCCACGGCCGAGGCCCCCGAGAGGAGCCGGAGCCCCACGGCCGAGGCCCCCGAGAGGAGCCCGAGCCCCACGGCCGAGGCCCCCGAGAGGCCAGGCCCGAGGCCAGAGGGCCCCGAGGAGCCGGCCCACGGCCGAGGCCCCCGAGAGGAGCCCGAGCCCCACGGCCGAGGCCCCGGGGAGGCCCGAGGCCUGGCCGAGGCCCCCGAGAGGAGCCCGAGCCCCACGGCCGAGGCCCCCGAGAGGAGCCGGAGCCCCACGGCCGAGGCCCCGGGGCCCGAGGCAGGCCCGGCCGAGGCCCCGAGGCGGAGCCCGGCCGGGCCGAGGGCCCGAGAGGAGGCCGAGGCCCCAGAGGGCCGAGGCCCCCGAGGCCGAGGCCCCGGCGAGGCCCCGAGGAGCCCCACGGCCGAGGCCCCGAGAGCCGGGCCCACGGCCGAGGCCCCGAGAGGCCGAGGCCCAGGCCGAGGCCGGCCGAGGCCCAGGGGCCCCGAGGCAGGCCCCCCGGCCCGAGGCCCCGGCCAGGCCCCGAGGCGAGGCCCCGGGGCCCCCGAGAGGAGCCGGAGCCCCACGGCCGAGGCCCCGGAGGAGCCGAGAGCCCGAGCCCGAGGCCCUGGGCCGAGCCCGGGCCCCACGGCCAGGCCCCCGAGAGCCCGAGCCCCGAGGCAGCCCCGGCCGAGGCCCCGGGAGCCCCACGGCCGAGGCCCCGGGGCCCCCGAGAGGAGCCGGAGCCCCACGGCCGAGGCCUCCGCUCCCCCUCCGUCCUCCUCUUCAUGA